AGCUGGCUGGGGGUCGGAGGACGGCUCUCCGCGGCGGCGGGGCGCCCGGGGCGCGCCCAAAGGGCCUCGGCCCCCGCCGCAGCAUGCGGCCCGCGCGCGCCGCAUGCAGCAGGGCCCCGCCCAGCGCCGCGGGCGCCGGGGCCCUGCGGACGGGGCCAGUCGGCGGCCGGGACGGUCGGUCCCUGCUCAAAGUCUGCGUCCGAGUUGCUCCUCGUGGCUUCGCCUUCCGUCCGACCCGACCGUGCCCGAGCAUGGCGUGGCCGGGCGAGCGCCGCCCGCGCAGCGCCGGCCUGACGAAGCGGCUCGCCUCGGCGGACGCCGCGGAGGCCUUGCUGCGCGGCAGGCUGCAGGACUUGGAGGGUGCGCUGGAGCUCCGGGCGGCGCGGCUGUGCAGCCCCGCGCGCGCCCGGGCCGGCCUGCUCCACCACGAGGCGGCGGUCAUGCAAGCCGAGCUGGUCGAGGAGGAGGCCCGCUCGGCGCGGCUGCGCCAGCUGCUCAGGGCGCGCCGCGCCGCCGCGGCCGCCGAGCUCCGGGAGCCGCGGGGCGCGGCCGACGGCGAUGGCGGCGCUGAGAUCCAGGCCCUGCGGUUGCGGGUCGCCGCGCAGCGCGCGGAGGCGGAGGCGCUGCGGGAGCGGCUCGCCGCCGCCGCCCGGGAGAGGGCGGCCGUGGACGAGGCGGAGGUGUGCCUGCUCCUGGCGGCGAAGCGCAGCGAGGUCUCGCUGCGGGCCCUGCGCGCGCAGGUGGCGGCCAGCGAGGACCGCGGGGCGAGGCUGGCGGCGCUCGUCGCGGAAAGCGUACCUUUGCCGUUCGCGGAGGCGCUGAAGGAGCUGUGCGCGUCAGCAAGUGCUUCUGCAGAACCUGAGCGCGUAGUGCGCGGCGCUGUGGCCACGAUGCUCUCCGAGGAGGUGCCCAUCACUUUCACCAACAGGAAAUGCUACACCGAGCCCGUGCAAGUGGUUCGGAGUUCGGGGCAGUGCGCGGACAUGUCGCAAGACUGCGUGUAA